GACGGGCACGAUGGAGCGCUGGCAGCUGGAUUACGCCUCAAUCGCCACCGUCGCGUUGACGGACGACAAGCUGCAACCAGUCGGUCUGCCUGCGGGUCCCAUUGCCAAGGAUGCUGACGGUGCGGGUGAGAGCGCCGCACAGCGCCAUGCACUCAAGCACAAGCUGGCUUGGAAGGUGGUCGAGAAGCAGGUCUAUCAAUUACCCAUGACGUUGUUUAUGAUGUACAUGAUGGGUUCUUCCAUCACCAUUUGGACAUUUGGCUUUCUGGGCUACCUCAUGUACAACCCCAUCCGCUCCCUGUUCAGCAUUAACAACGAGUUUAAACGUUUUGAGGACUCGGCCGAGGACAAUUUUUUGGUGCACAAACUGGCGUAUACCGCCGUGACUUUGGUGUACGUGGCGUUGGGGGCAUGGAAGUGUUCGGGCAUGGGACUUAUUCCCUCGUCGCAAGCAGAUUGGCUCGAAUUUAUGCAGAUUGGCGCGCCUCAGGAAAUUGCAGCUGGCAUGAUCGCCACCAAUUAGUCGUGCCACCCCUUGCCGCGUGAAGGUGCCCUACACGCACAGCCCAAUCCUUCCUACAUCACCUUGCCUCAUUUGCUUUUCCUUGGAAGGGACAUGGCGCCCCACCCCUGGUUCACCACCGUUGUACUGACGGCCGGCUGGUCGAUUGACCCAGGUGUUGACCCCCAUUUUUGUAUUCCUGUAGCGUUCUUUUUGCCCAAAAGUCUACAACAGACAAAUCGAUUCUAGUCAUGUGC